GAGAGUGAAGUCCGACUGUCGGCUCAUUGUUUCUGUGUCCCGCUUCACCUCCGCGCCUGCUUCACUGACAGCGGCUCCAGGACAGGUGUUCUCCAGUCCGAGACAACCUCGCGCCGACCCACGCAAACAUGGAGAUAGAGAAGGAAGUGAAGAAGAUGACGCUGGGCCACGAGUUUGGCGCCGGAGCAUCCUGUUUGAAAUGCAAGGACAAGUGCGAAGGCUUUGAGCUGCAUUUCUGGAGGAAAAUCUGCCGAAAUUGCAAAUGUGGCCUCACAGAGCACGAUGUGGCGAUGAACUCAGAGGAGAACAAGAAGGUAGGCAAGUUGUUCGAGGACACCAAAUACACUGGCCUCAUCGCCAAGCUGAAGACCGACGGCAUCCCCAGUUACAAGGGCAACAUGGUGACCAUCACUCUGCCCAGCUCGUCCACUGCUUACGUCGUACCACCGAGUUCCUCUUCCUCCGUUGUUCCCCCCUCCGCCCCGGCUGUUCCUGUAAAGCCGGCUGGAGCCUCUGCAGCUGCAGCAUCCAUCAGAGGUCAGGCCCAGGCUCAGCCUAAGCCGGCACCUGCAGGUGUCGCACCAGUCAAGGCAAAUAAAUUGCCGUUCACUGUCAGCGCCACAUCAGCCAAUGUGAUGCCAGUUCCCAAAGAUGUGCCAAUGAAGUCUGUCACCUAUGAGUGGGCACCGCCAGUAGCUAAUAAAUACAUGGCGGUGCGUUAUAUCGAGCUGCUUCCAGCAGAGAAGCGACCGGUGUUCGGUACAGAGGGAGCAGUUUACCGUCGGCAGCAAAUGGCUCUACAGCUGCCCGAGCAUGACCAGGACCCGUCCAAAUGCCACGAACUGACUCCUGCCGAGGUCAAGCAAAUGCAACAGUUCGUCCGCAAAUACAAGGAUGAGGCCCUGGGCGUGGGAGAUGUUAUCCUGCCUGAAGAGAUGGCUCUAGUUCAGGCUGGAGGACAGGGGGGAGCUGGAAGUGUCGGGGCUGGAGGUGUCGGGGCUGGAGGUGCACAUGGUGCUGGUCCUGGUGCUGGUGGUGGCGGGGCUGGAGGUGCACAUGGUGCUGGUCCUGGUGCUGGUGGUGGCGGGGCUGGGUUUAGACCGGGAGUUGGGGUUGCUGGAGCUGGCUCAGGGCAAGGGGCUGCAGGCAGUGGUGUCGGGCCUAUUUAUGGGCCUGGAGCUGGUGCAGGCUUUGGAGUUGAGGGAGGGGAUAGCAGAGCUGGAGCUGGUGGUGCUGGAUCUGGUGGUGCUGGAUUUGGAGCUGGUGGUGCUGGAUCUGGUGGUGCUGGAUUUGGAGCUGGCGGUGCUGGUCAACUCUCAGGGCCUGGGACUGGACCAUCUGCUGGAGGAGCCUUGGGCACUGCUGCCACCGCUGGAGCCAUGGGCCUCCCUGGAGCUCAGCAGGCUGGGGUACCACAAAAGAACUUUUCAUGCCAUCACUGCCAGCUCCCGAUGGGUCUGGGCGAGCCGGCCGUCUACGCCGAGCGGGCUGGUUACGACAAGCUUUGGCACCCAGCAUGCUUUGUGUGUUGUAAGUGCAGUGAACUACUGGUGGACAUGAUUUACUUCUGGAAGAAAGGCAAGCUGUACUGUGGACGCCACUAUGGAGACAGUGAGAAGCCACGCUGUGGAGGAUGUGACGAGCUGAUCUUCAGUAAUGAGUACACUCAGGCUGAGGAACAGAAUUGGCAUCUGAAGCACUUCUGCUGUUUCGACUGUGACUGCAUCCUCGCUGGUGAGACGUAUGUGAUGGAGAGUGAAAAGCCUGUCUGCAGGCCCUGCUACAUGAAGAACUAUGCUGUGAAAUGCUCAGCCUGCCAGGGUGCGAUGGAGCCUGAGGCUCAGAGGGUUUCCUACGGCGAGCACCAAUGGCACGCUGCGCCACAGUGCUUCAAGUGCUCCGGCUGUUCCAAGGACCUGGUCGGCCAACGCUUCAUGGCACAGCAGGGCUUCCUCUUCUGCUCUGUGGAGUGCAAGAAGAAAACCAUGGCUUAGAGGAACCAGGACAGGCUCGACUAAGACUCGAGCCAGAGCAGGGAAAAUCAAACAAUGGUGCAACUGUGCAAUGUCAGAGAUUGUAGUUGUGUUAACAUUAAUAUAGAGUGCCUAAAACCUCUAAUAUAGAGAUGUACUACAUUUACAAGGCCAUUUGCAUGUGAGUGGGUUUUUCAUCUAUGAAAUACCACAGUGUUGAUAAAUCAGUCUAAACUAGGAUGACACCUUAACCUAUUCUGUCCACUAUGUUCUUUGCCUUAAAAACCAGCAGUCUCCCUUUAAUAAGUAUUUUGUUUCUACUGUGUUUUUAUACUAAUGAGAUUAAUUUUAUAUUGCUUAGAGGUGACAGUCCAGUUAGUUCAUGUUAAACCUGUGUCUGUUUAAUGGUAGCACUGUUUUACUCCUAAAUCUUUGAUUUAAUCUGCCACAUUUGCUUCCUUCAUACAACAAGCAUCUGAUUCCCACCCUCCUCUAUGCAGCGGUAUGUUCAGCUCUAUCAGCCAGGUUUGGUGUUGAUUUGCUUCCAGUGCAUUGAUCCUGAUCAAAUUUACAAGUAAUAAUAAUAAUGGGCAAACUUUAUUCCUUAAUAAUUAUGCAGCAAAUUUCAAGCGCUUUAACUGAAGAAAUAAAGAAAUAAAUUUGGAUAUAAGUGAAAUAACUGGAGGUAAAUAGCCUCAACUCUGACAGCAAUAAAGGCUUAAAGCAGCCACCUGGUGAGAGACCAUCGCAAUGUGUGGUGUGGUAGUAUUUUCUAGAGCCUGACCGAUAUGGAUCUGUAGGCAAAUCUCGAUCCAGAAAUUGGGGUUUAAAACACUAUGAUUUUUGCUGAUACUUACAUCCCAAAAAUUGGCAAGAUAUAAUUUUCAAACCCUUGUGAAAAAAGAAAUGUAAUUGAGGCUUGCAUUUACAACUUGAUAAUAAUAAACGUGAUUCUAAAUAACAGCAAAUAAAAAGAAAACACUGAUAAAAUACAAAAUGUAGAACUGAUAAAGAAGAUUUUUACAUAAAUGCACAAAUGUUUUUUUCACAUGGGCAAACAUAAUAUCGGCCACACAGUAAAUUGGUUGGGCUCUAGUAUUUUCAUGUUAUCUCAAGGGAACCAAACAAUGUGAUUGUAUGUAGUGCUCAGGUAUAAGAGAGGUGUCUCUAAUAUCAUUUCCAUUAAUGUAUGUUAAUGUGGCUUAAAAAAAGAACAAAGAUUGUUGCAAUACUCUCAGACGUCAUUCAAUUUUAUAUAAUGCAAUUGUAGUUUAAUUAACAACAAUACCAUAAAUUGUUUCCUCAUAACAAGCAGUUUCCCACUGAUCUAAUGCAGUCUUUAGGUGGUCUUCACAAAUAUUCAACUACCGCAUUAUGAUUGCAUUUGAUUGCACAUGUGUUUUCUUUAUUUAUUCUAUAUUUGCUUCCUAAGAUGCUAAAUAUAAAUUACAUUAAAGGGAUAGUUCACCCAAAACUGAAAAUUCCCUCAUUUUCUACUUACGUUGAUGUUCAGGGUGUUUAAGUCCACAAAAAACAUUUGAGUCUCAGGUGUAAACAGUGUUGCAGCCAAAUCCAAUACAAUUUAAGUAAAUGGUGAACACUUCUUCAAGCGUAAAAAAACCAAUGUGUGGUGUCAUACAAGUGUCUGUAAACCCCGGUAGUAGAUAAUGAGGGAAUUUAAACAUUUGGAGGAACUAUCCCUUUAAGCAUAAAUCAAAGGGAUAUACAUAUCAAACAUGGACUAAAGAAAAUAUGUAUUCUCCCCCUGCAAUUACUUAUGAUUUUCCAGACAUGUUUUUGUUCAGGUCUGCUUGUGUCACUGGCACCACAAUAGAUCUAAACACUGUAAUGCCAGGUGUCACAUAGGAGAAACAGCAGGUUUGACAUGGUUCCCAAAGACUUGAUGAAAUAAGGAAAAACACUGUAACGCAUUAAACUUUUUGCUCCUUCAGUUCUGUUCUGUUUGUGCCAUGGAUUUUCCCUUUCAUGCAAUAAACUGCACUUUAAAAAACGAAA